AUGCAGCUUCGGAGCAACGCAUUAAGGGCUGCUGUAGUGGCAGCGCUGGCUAUAACAGUCAGCGCAUCAUUGGGCGACCGUCUGCCAGACUUCAAAGAAUGCGUCAAGACAUGUACGGCCACCAAUUGCGUACCCGGCGGUCCCUCUAUCUCCCUCCAACACCGCCUCCUCCUCUGGGACUGCCCGUCUGAAUGCGACUACACCUGCCAACACGUCGUCACCGACACGCGCCUCGCUCGUGACCCACCCUACCGCCAACCGGUCCUUCAAUUCCACGGCAAAUGGCCCUUCUACCGUUUCCUCGGCAUGCAAGAACCCUUCAGCGUCAUCUUCUCCCUCCUCAACUUUCUCGCCCACGAUCACGGUAUGAAAGUCCUCCGCGAAAAGGUACCCGCCUCCUACCCUCUGCGCAAAUUCUACCUCGGCUUUGGCUACUUUGGACUCGCGUCAUGGCUGUUCAGUUGCGUCUUCCACACGCGCGACUUUGCGAUUACGGAAAAGUUGGAUUAUUUCGGUGCUGGGGCUAGUGUGAUGUAUGGCUUGUUUUUGAGUGUGGUGAGGGUUUUCAGAUUGGAUAAGGAUACACCGAAACGUAGCUCUGUGCUGCGCGCUUGGAUUUUGCUGUGUGCUGUUCUUUACACGGCACAUAUUUGCUACUUGUCCUUCUGGCGCUUCGACUAUACCUACAAUAUGGCCGCCAAUGUCGCGGUCGGCAUUAUCCAGAACUUGAUCUGGAGUUGGUUCAGUAUCAGCAGAUACCAAAAGACCAAGCGCAUGUGGGCGGCAUGGCCUGGUUUGAUCGUCGCAUGGGUCAUCCUUGCCAUGAGUUUGGAACUUUUUGAUUUCCCUCCUUGGUGGGGAGCUAUCGAUGCACACAGUCUUUGGCAUUUGAUGACGGUAUUCCCGACACUAUGGUGGUACAGCUUCCUCAUCAAGGACGCACAGGAGGAUAUGCAAGGACAUCGUCUCAAGGCAUAGAAUUGCCUUGUAUAAAACCACAUUCGACAGAACCGCCAAACCAUCCCAUAGAAACUCAAAGACUUACGCAUUCACUACUCUGUAUCUCAUCUCCUUGGACCCCUGUCCAAUCCCCAAACCCUUCCUGCAUUUUGACAAGCCAAAACGUGCCUGUACAGCCUACUCGAGAGCACAAGCAAAGAUCUAUCAUAAACAGCAAAACCACCUUCACUCAAAAGCAAGGGAUUUUCUCCACUAAAAAACUACUAUAUAUUCUCCAUCC